AUGACUCUGUGCAAGCCCCCGCAGCCUAUACACAGGAAAGGAUGCCACGAAAACACCAAUGUCUCAGAAAUGCAGCAGAUGGUCAAUCACCAUUCGGGAUUUUUGUCGCAGAAAACCAAAAAACCAAUACUAUAUUCUUCUUCACCGAGAGUCCUUGCUAUUGUAGGAUCCACUGGCUUUCUUGGACCGUACAUCGUUGCGUCCUUGCUGCGGGAGCAUCCCGAGUGCAAGAUUGUUUGCUUCAAUCGCAGAAACUGUGGUGAGCGGCGCACCAUAUCAGCGUUGCAGAACAUCAUGGGCGACAUAUCCUCCGUGCGACGACGUUUGGAGUUCCUUGUCACUGGCAUCAUGAGCCACGCCAGAGAGCCGCGCCAGGAUCCCAUCGCCAAGUCAAUGCCGCAGAUAAACGAGCUAGUUUUCAACGCCUGGGAUACCAACUGGAGCAAAUCCAUUGGUUCUUUUGAGUACCUAUUAGAAGGGCUGCGCAGAGUCGUGGAUCUUCUUGCUUCUGCCGGCGGCUUUACUAGGAUCACUUUUAUUUCUUCAAUCUGUGCUGUAGGAGACUGGCCACUUCGACAUCCUGACCGCCCCAUCAUUCCAGAAGAAGUAGUAUGGGAUUGUGACAGCGCAAUGCCAACUGGGUAUGGCCAGUCAAAAUGCGUUGCAGAGCAGCUGCUUGCCAAAGCGCAUGAAAUUGCAAACGUUCGCGUCAACAUACUGCGCGCGGGCCAGAUUGGCGGACCGGUGAGCUCAAAGGAUUGUGCAUGGCCGCGUCAAGGCUGGCUAUAUUCUAUCAUACAAUCUUCCAUAAAGAUUGGCGUCUUCCCGAAGCACGUGCAGCCCUUGGAUUGGAUCCCAGUGGACGUGCUUGCACACGGCAUAGCGAACUGUCUCAAGCGCCCAUGCCCAUCAGACGGCUUGCAAGUCUUCAACAUGAUACAUCCCCAUCCAAAUAGCUGGGAUCUGCUGCAUGAAGUUUUGCGCACAAGGUUUGGAAUUCCGGUUCAGUCAGUUGAUAUGCCCGACUGGUUACGAAGAAUGAACCAGGGUAACUUGAGAAUACACAACUUCUUGAGUACACAGGGGAACGGCAGAGAGACCAGCAUGAUAUACGAGAACGCCCGAGCGAAAGAGAUCUUGCCUCCCAUCAGUUCAAUUGAUGCGGAUCUAUUAGUCACAUGGCUGCGAGGAUGGGGACUUUGGUCGCGAGCGAAGAUAUAG